AUGUCGCCACCCAAGAGCGUAGGCUUCGUGCCCCGCGAGAGUACUGCUUCAACCGAUCCUUGCGUCCUCCAAGGCGACCCAGGCCUUAACGCUAGCGUCAGCCUCCAGCUUUGGACCGAGUGCCAGGUAACCCGCCUCUUUCCCAUCCCAAGCAACGGCGCCUGGGACAAAGCCUUCGCCGAUACAUUUUGUCCUUCGCUCUUAGCCACAUUCAACAAUACCCACUACGACUACAGUGGCUGGCUAAAUCUGUACAAGUCCUUCAACGCCACCAUCGGCAAGACCUUCGCACACUUCGAGCACGGAUUGACCAGCACACUUGCCGUACCUGACGCUAAUGGUAUCGGUGGCCUUGCUUACCUGAUCGGCUGGGAGGGCGGGUACCACAAUUAUUUGAAGAAGGAUCUUUGGUUUUCGGAUGCUGCUUUUGCACGGGUGGCAACGGUCAAUGGAGAGAGACAGAUUGUGGAGUUCAGGGAGAGUUCGAAUAUCCCGAAUACCGCGCCUUUGCCAGAGCCGAGAGAGUGGACGUGCGCAUUCAAAGAUUGA